CCAAGCAUGUCUUGCCGGGACUGACAUCAAUCAUCAUGCGAUUCGUGCCAUGCCAUCAGUUCCAUCAUGCCAUACCAUGCCAUCAGUUCCAUCAUGCCGUACCAUGCCACGACUAGAAGUAUCCACCAGGCAUCAACUUGAUAACUUGCUAUGUGCGCUGUCUCAGUAAGCAAUGUCUGUGAGGCUCUUUGGUCUGUAGAAUGGUGAAGCAUGUUCAGUGCCGCCAGUCGUACCUUCUUACUUUGGAAAUUUUGGAUAUAAGUUGUACAACACCAUGCCUAGUCAUGAAUGGAAUCUACCAGUAAGCUCAAUAGCUCUGUUGAUACCAUCAGAUCUGUGCAGGUGCAGUAUUUUUCUGUUUCUGUCAGGGUUUGCUUUUGUCUACUUUGAGGAUGAGCGUGAUGGUGAUGAUGCCAUACGGGCUCUGGAUGGUUAUCCCUUUGGCCCUGGGAGACGCAGACUUUCAGUGGAGUGGUCACGGGGUGACCGUGGAACCAGACGUGAUGACCGUGAUGGCUAUAGUAAACCACCAGUGAAUACUAAGCCCACCAAGACCCUGUUUGUCAUUAACUUUGACCCGAUCAACACAAGAGUCAGUGAUCUUGAAAGGCAUUUUGGUCAUUUUGGGAGGAUUUCAAAUGUUCGGAUAAGGAAGAACUUUGCUUUCGUGCAAUUUGAAACUCAGGAAGAAGCCACAAAAGCCCUUGAUGCUACUCAUUUGACGAAGUUACUGGACAGAGUGAUUUCUGUUGAGUAUGCCUUCAGGGAUGAUAGUGAACCAGGUGACAAGUAUGACAGGCCAAGUAGAGGCGGUGGCUAUGGAAGGCCGGAUGACAGUUCAUAUCGCCGUUCUGUCAGCCCAAUGUACCGAAGGUCACGACCUAGUCCUGACUAUGGUCGUCCAGCGAGUCCUCAGUAUGGUGCAUAUGGCAGGAGCAGGAGUCCUGUUCGUGAUCGCUAUCGAAGCCGAUCUCCUGUCCAGCGCUCAAGAUCCCCAGCUCCCAACAGAAGAGGUUAUGACUGAUGGACAGUUAUCUCGGUUAUGGUAGCGAGGCGGUUUCCAUAUGCUGUUCUAGCUCUAGCAUUAGUAAACAAGAACACUUAUGUACCCGUACCGAAGCUUAUCGUCUAGCUGACACCAUGUUAUAAGAAGUUGGACCUGUCCUUUGACAACUGCUUUGUCGUCUGUGUGUUAUAAGAAGUUAGACCUGCACUUUGACA